AAUUAUUGGUUUCUCUAUAAACGAGAAACGAAAAAAACAAAUCACCUCCUUUCUCUCUCCUCAUUUCUGCAAUUUUCUGCAGAAAGAGGAAGAGAGGGGGAAAUAAGAAAGGGAAGAAUUUUUUUUUUUCUUUUUCCAUAAUUUCUUGCAAACAAACAAACUUCCCGAAAGAUUGAAAAAUAUUGAAAAGGACCCAAGAUAUAUAUUUUAGCAAUAUAACUAAAAGCAAAAAAUCAACCCUUCAUUUUUUUUUUUUUGGAUAAUCGUGGUGUCCGAGUCAGCCUACGUGCAUCUCGACUAGUUUCACAGGAUACCUGCGACCUUCCACUAGCAACAGGUACCAGGGGUUUUCAUUUGUUGGAAAGAAUUGGCUUUUGAAUAUUAAGAUUUUUUUAUCUGAUUAUUCCUAUCCAUUUUUAAUUAAAUGGGGGGAAUAGAUGAUAAUGUUCAUGGAGUUAUAUUAGCUAUAUCAUCCAGUAUUUUUAUUGGUUCUAGCUUUGUUAUUAAAAAGCAAGGCCUAAAGAAGGCUGGUGAAAAUGGAAAAAGAGCAGGUUCAGGAGGCCACUCCUAUCUGUUGGAACCUUGGUGGUGGGCUGGAAUGUUAUCUAUGAUUAUUGGAGAGGGAGCUAACUUUGCUGCUUAUGCAUAUGCCCCAGCAGUACUUGUGACACCCUUAGGGGCUUUAAGUAUGAUUGUCAGUGCAGUGUUAGCCCAUUUUAUUUUGAAAGAGAAGCUGCAUAUCUUUGGGGUAGUUGGUUGUCUCCUCUGCGUGGUUGGCUCCGUUUCUAUUGUCUUACAUGCCCCAGUAGAGAAGAAAAUUGAAUCUGUCAAGUAUAUCUGGCACCUCGCAACAGCGCCAGGGUUCCUCACCUAUGCUGUCGCAGUUCUGGUGAUGAUACUUAUCCUCAUAAUCUGGUAUGUGCCUCGUUAUGGGCAGUCACAUUUGGUUGUCUACAUCGGAAUCUGUUCUCUUGCGGGAUCUCUCACGGUUAUGGGUGUCAAAGCAAUUGGAAUGGCUUUGAAGCUCACAUUAGAAGGACAAAAUCAAUUCAAGUAUUUUCAGACAUGGUUUUUUGUAGUAUAUGUCGUCAUCUUUAUUAUUUUGCAGCUGAACUAUUUGAACAAGGCACUUGACACAUUUAAUACCGCUGUGGUUUCCCCGAUAUACUACGUCAUGUUUACCACACUGACCAUUGCUGCAAGCAUGAUAAUGUUUAAGGAUUAUGUUCAUCAGAAUGCAACCCAGAUAGUUACAGGGUUAUGUGGUUUUGGAACUAUCCUCUGCGGUACUUUUCUCCUUCACAAAACAAAGGACAUGGGAAGCAAUCCAUCCAAACUAUUACCGGUUGUUCAUCCAAAAUCAGAUGCGGAUUGUAAGCAAACAAGUGAAACGACAAAAGUUACUGUUGAGAUUUGAAGCAAAAAAAGGUGUAGGGAUUUGAUCCGUAAUUGCAUCCUCAAGAGACACUCGUAAAGAAGGAAGAUAGAAGUAUUUGAUAUUGGAUAAAACCGAAGGAGAAAAAACUUAGAAUUCCCAGAGAGGUAUCUAUGAUGGUUUUUGACAAUUUGAAGCCAAUGCUAUAUUAGAAGGACAUUUCAAUAUCAUUAUUUUUGUUGUUUUGACUUUAGAAAGAUUGUACAGUGUGAAUACUGGUAUCGAAAUUGACAUGCUUUUUUCAACUUAUAUACAAAUAUAAUAUGAGAAAGAACUGGAAUUUUGUUGUUCCAGCCGAGCAUUUCCUUGUGCAUAUAGGUCAUUAUCUGUAUCGUAAUUCUCUUGUUACUUUGUCUAGUUUGUUUUCAAUGUAUUUCUCUUCUUUUUGGUUUAA